CUCGCGCGCCUCGCUGUAGCGUCAGACCCGGGCUUCGCUCGCUCGCUCGCUCGCUCGCCCGCUCGUCGGUACCUGCUCCCGGUGGCCCUGAAGGCGGCGGACCAGGGGCGGCCCCAAAGAGUAGGAGGCGGAGGGGGAGCAGGUGUGCUGGUCCAAGUGUUGCGGCGCCGGCGCACUCGCGGCGAGAAUCCGGAGGAGGAGGAGGAGACUGCAAGGAUAGGCCCAGGAGCAAUGGCGUCCAAAGAGAAACAAGUGGUGAAAAGUGUCAACGUGGAAAGUGCCCAGCAGGAAAACGAAGAACAGAGCUCUGUGGAGAAUGAAGAGGAAUCAUGCAAUUCGAAAGGGAGUGAAGGCAAGAAGAAUGGAAGAAAUGUUAAGCUGGGGCGAAUGAGACGACUUGUCCCUAAUUUUCGAUGGGCCAUACCUAACAAGAAUAUUGAUCACAAUGAAAUGGGAGAUGAUGUGGAAAAGUUCGUAGGGCAAAUGAUGGAGAUCAGGAGAAAGACUAAAGAGCAGCAAAUGAAGCAUCAUAAGCGCUUCCAAACUCCUGAACCUGAUAAUCAUUAUGACUUUUGCCUUAUACCGUGAAUCUUAAGGUUUUCCCUGAGGUUAAUAAUGUGGCCUCUGCUCCACAAGCUUGUAGUUUUGUGAUUUACUUUUUCUGUAAACAUUUGGUGUUUCCAGUUACCAGUUUGUAAUUAAAUAUUGUUUUGUCUCUGUAAAACUUUCUGUCCAGCAGGGCAAUUUCACCCAGUUUUAGAAAAAACUAUUCUUUUCAUAAUUGAAAUUAAUAAAGCAGUUGAAACAGUAAUCUUCUGCUUUCACCCUAGUCUUUAUUUUAUAAUACUACUUUUUCUCUCCUAGCUACCUAAAUGCAAAAUCUCUAGUCUUUGACUGUUUUUGUUGUUGUUUCCAUCCAAUGAACAAAGGAAGGAUCAUACUCCUAACUCAAUAUCUGAUGUCAUUUUAACAAUGUAUGUGCUCUACUGUUUUUCAAGGAGUAUGAGUCUUCCACCUGCAUAAAAACACCUUGGGAAAGGGAGAUUUGAGAAUAUAGAAUAUCUGGCUUCUGUCCUCCAGAUACACAGAUGGGCACUCCAGAAUCUCCGUUUUUUAGCAAGCUUUCCAGGUAAAUCUAGUGUACACCUCUAAUUUGAGGACACUGUGGUAUGUAUGUAUGUAUGCAUCUAUCUAUGUACAUAGGUGUAUGUUGUCAUGUUAAGUGUGAGCAAUAAAGUAAAAUUAAGAAUG